AGCAGUGCCCCGAGCGCGGCGGGCGAGCACGGCGGCGGCCACCGGGGCCACGCGUGGGACAACCUCGCCGAGCCCAGCGGCCUCUGCCCCCGCCAGGAUGAAGCGGCUCUGCGAGGAGAGCUCGUCCGACACCGAGUCUGACGGCACCAUCGACGUGGGCCGGGAGGAGGAGUACAGCCAUGUUUCCAGGUCUGUGUCUCCCACCACGACCUCUCAGAUACAAGCCAGGAAGAAGAGGAGAGGGAUCAUCGAGAAGCGGCGCCGUGACCGCAUCAACAGCAGCCUCUCGGAGCUGCGGCGCCUGGUGCCCACGGCCUUCGAGAAGCAGGGGUCUUCCAAGCUGGAGAAGGCAGAAAUUCUACAAAUGACAGUGGAUCACUUAAAAAUGCUUCAUGCCACAGGAGGAACGGGCUUCCUGGAUGCCCGGGCUCUGGCCGUGGAUUACAGAAGCAUCGGAUUCCGCGAGUGUCUCACCGAAGUUGUCAGGUACCUGGGCAUCCUCGAGGGCCAAAACGCUGCCGACCCCAUCCGGCUGCGCCUCCUCUCCCACCUGAAUAAUUACGUGGCGGAAAUGGAGCCUUCGCCCGUGGCCACGUCCCUGCUGCCCAUCCAGACCUGGCCGUGGUCCUUCCUGCACGGCGCCGCCGGCCCUGUGCAGAUGCCCAGGAGGGAGGCUGCUCCUGCUCCCCUUGUUUUGACUGCAUCUUCCCUGGCCUACCCCAGCCCCGCGGUGAGGCCGGCCCCUCUCCGCCGUGUCCCCGGCGAGAUGCUGCCGUCCCGCCGGAGCUUCCUGGCCGGCAGGAUGGGCUCCUCCAGCCGGAGGGCUCGGGCGAGCGGCUCGGCCGCAGCCGUGCCAGCUGUGCCCAGGAUGCCGUCACCAGCGGGAGCACUGAGAGAGGGCUCAUCCAAGAGCAGCCAGAUCGCCACAUUCCUCUUCUCCCCAGCCUCUGCCGGCGUCCCUGUGCCGCCAGCUUAUGCAGCACCUCCCGUCUUGAGCACCGCUGCGCAGGGACCAGGGAUCAGGGUUGGGACAUCCAGGAUCUGCCGCUCCUGGGCGACGGAAAUCGGGGCUUUCUGACCCUCCCUUCCCCUCCGGAGACAGGAAUUCUUCAGCGCUCAUUGCCCACAGGGCUGAGAACAAACUCGGUUGAAAAGGCAUCUUUCCUGCUUUGCAGAAGCCAAGGAUCCAUAGAGAAAAUUCUCUCUGCUCUUCCCUCCCUCCUUGCACCGCCCUCCUCGCCUCACCAUCACACGUCCUCUCCCUCGUGACGCCUGCAAACGUAAAUCACAUCCAGUUCCAUGCACUUGUCUGCACGAGGCCACGCUCCAGACCCUUCUGGCUACGAGGCACAUGCAGAUCCCAGCCCCGUUCCUCCUCCAGCAAACCCCUCUGCAGAACCCAGCCUUGCUCUCCUUUGGAAAACAGCCAGCUUUGAAAUACUGUCUUCAUUUCCCCGGGGACUCGGAGCUGCCAGCUAGACUUGCUCGUGCUGAUUCCCUGCAACGCUCCCCCGGCUGCAGCACCUAAUUUUGGUGUGGUGGGAUGGACACAGCUCACACCCUGUGCCCAGCACCACUGGCACGCACAAGGCAGGCUCCAGCCCCCCCAGCUCCCGAAAAGAACUGGCUGCCUGCUAAUCCCUGUGCUUUCCUCUCCGCAUUACCAGCUUUUCCCACUUAUGUGCCCUUAAGGUGGAGUGAGGCUGCGGCUUAGCAGGGCUGGUUCCCACAGCCCGGCUGCGAUCCCGCCGUGGCUGCAGGGCCUGUGCUGGGUUCCUGGCACAAACCCUGCUGGAGCAGCUGCCAGGCUGCCCGGGCACAGCCCCUGCCCCGCACUGAGGUGUGAAGACGUGAGACAGAGGAUUUCAGAGGGACGCCUGCCACGGAGGGGAAGGCUCUGACGGCCACAGUGAGAAGAAAAUGCCUUUCCCUCUGCCAGCCUCCCUGCCGGAGCUGUCUCUCCUCCACCCCCAGCUGCACAGCCGUGACUGCAAAGGGGGAAAAUGGGUUGGAGCAGCCUGAAUUUGAAGUGCCUCCCUCCUUCUCCCUGAGCCCAGCAGCCCCCACCCUCCCCUCCCACAAUGCCUCUGUUUUCUUUCUCCAGCACCAUGUUUGGGUCUCACACUUCUCAUCCCCUUCCCUGGGCCGGGACCAAAAGCCACUGAGGUGCCACUGCACUUGUCCUCAGUCCUGAGAGCUCUCCCUGCCUUGCCCUGUGUGCUCCUAGGUGACUGACAGCAGAUCACACCUCUGCUCCUGCAGCUGGCCUCCCCUCCCCUCUUCUUUGGGCAGAAAGAACAGAAACUUGAAGCUUCCAAGCCACCCCUGCCCCUGUGCCACGUCCCGUGGUGGCGGGGCAGGGUGUCCCAGUGCUCCCCCUCACCUGCUCCCUGCAUUUGUGCCUUGACUUGCUGGGAUACAUGUGCAGAAUAUUCUGGACCCAGCUGCAUGCCCAAGCCCCUGCCCACUUCUACAGCACUCUGACAUGGAAAGAGAGAAAAGGUCAGUGCAAAGGAAGGUAAAAAAGAGGGAGAUCUCUUUUGAAUGGGAGAAGCUCUUCCCAUGCCUCAGGUCAGAGGUGCAGCCUGUUGGGCUGUGCGGAUGAGCUGUUGUUUUCCUUCCUGCAGAUGGUAUCUGCCAUGUGCAUGCCAAUGUAUGUAUCUGCCUCUCUUUGGGAAGUGAGUCCCUCCCAGUUGUUUUGAUGGAAGUCAUCGCACUUAAUACACAGAAAUGCCUCUGCUGCUUCUCACCCUUGUCCUCAAGUGCAGGAAUCAGCCAGGAACAACAUAUUCCCUUUUAAUAAAGUCACAGGAGGGAAAUCCUCGUGGACCCUGGCUGUUCCUGCAGCUGGUUUGUGCACUAGAGCUCACGGCCUCACUUUACACUGUGCAGUGCUCUUAGAUUCAUGAGCUGUGACAUCAGCAAAGGUGUCAAAUAAAGUCUUUCAAACCCC